AUGUUCAGAACUUUUACUGCCAGCAGUCUCAUCGCGCUGGCAGCUGCAGCAGACUUACCAUACAACCCUUCAUCUUUGUGGGCGUCGACGACCUCUGAAAAUCAAUCAGUUGCCUACUUCCUAUCAUCUUCGUCAAGUGGUGUUAGAUUCCAAUAUAUAAACCUCACCAAAUCAUUUGAUGUCUCCUCGCCGUCCUUCUCAGACCUCCCCUCGCCGCCUUUCUCCUCCAACAACACAAAGUCGAUAGUUCCCAUCGCGGACCCGGACGGCGUCCCUACCGUCUAUGCGGGGGAUUGUCAGUCUACUGACGCCCAAAUAUGGCGAUUCGAAGGACAGAAAGGCAAUGACUCUGCCGGUGUGGACGGAAAAUGGGCUACAUCUACGAUUCAAGCAAAGAAAGGCAGUGGAAAUACACCAUGGAAAGGUCCAAACUAUCUCGCAGCCGGGGUUGGGUUCUCGAACCCAGAGAGUGAUUCAGCUCCUGAUAUCUACGUAUUUGCUGGAAUGUGCCCAACCGCUGAAUCAAGCUCUGGGUCCUGGAUAUCUGAUGCAGAGUACUCCAGAAAUAUGACCUAUCUCCAGACUGAAGUGUCUCCUCCUAGCCCAGGCUAUAAUAUCGAGACAUUAUCCAUUAGAUCUCCGCCCGUAGCUGAGGCGGGUUUCAGCAUGACCCCCCUUGUACCUGCAUAUUCAAAUUCGUCAACAGGUGCCAUGUUGCGUCACCAGAGCUUUGUGCUUGCAGGUGGACAUACACAAACACUAUUUUCCCUUCCAGAAGCGAGCUGGAGCUAUGUCACAGUAAACCAGGCACUUGGCGAUUCAUCCCAGGAAAGCUUACCGAAUGGUAUCUCCGGAAUCGAACCACGAUCUGGCCAUACUGCAGUCCUCACGCCUGACGGCAGCAAAAUAAUCAUAUUCGGAGGUUGGGUUGGGGACACUUCCGUACCUGCACAGCCCCAAUUAGCUGUUCUUGAGAUUGGUGAGGACUAUGGAGGCUCUGGUGAUUGGACAUGGGAAAUUCCAAAUGACUCGCUAGGCAGGCUGCCAGAAGGCACUGGUAUAUUCGGCCAUGGAGCGGCCAUGCUUCCCGGAGGCUUAAUGCUUCUCAUGGGCGGAUACAAAAUACCACCAACAUCAUCCAAGAGGUCCAACAACGAAUUUAUGGUUAACGACCAGACCUUUCUUUUCAAUACAAGUUCUGGGGCCUGGGUUACAUCAUAUACUCCUCCAGACUAUAUCUCUGGCCCAACCGAGCACUACCGAGGUCCACUGUCUACAACAUUGCAGAAGGUGGGCCUGGGUGUUGGCCUUGGAAUUGGCGUGCCUGUCGCCGCUCUGGCUAUAUUAGCCUGCUUCAUCCUCCGCAAUCGACGCUCUCGUGUGCAUCGAAAAAACCGUGAGCAAACACUCCGUAGCCUUGCAUUAGGUGCCGAAAGACCCCAUUUUGAAGCGCCAGAUCUAGACCAUGAUGUGCAUCAGCCAAUGAUCCAAGUUGAUUCUGCCCAGCGCUAUGGUUUUGGUGGAUACAAUGAUCCUCAUUAUAUGCCAUUUGCAGUCGAAAGGACAGGCCUCCUUGUCGACAAUCCAAGUCCUACCAGAGGCCUACGGGGAAGCGUGCGUUCCCGGGGAUACCAACAGGGUAUUUUGCAGGAUGAUCCAAGACGAAAUAUUAAAUUUUCUCAAAUUCAACCCAUUGAUGAAGGGGAGGAAUACGAUACUAUGCAGCCACAACCAGAAGGUGCUACUGGUUGCAGAGAUAGCAAAUGUUCUAGUUCUUCCGACCCUUUCAAAGACCCUCCUUCCCCGUCCAAGGCGUGUUUCCCAUCACUUGUGCCUCAAGAUCAAUCUAAAUCGCAAGUCAGCGACGAGAACAUACACAACUGGGUACAUACGUUAAGCUCCGAGAAGCUAGAGAAGCCUCCUAGUAUCGCGUCGGAAAAACAAGAUCGUACGCUCUCCAACCUGUCUGGCACCUCGGGCACCUCAUCCUCCUCUCAUCGUACAAAUCCAAGGUUACUAGACCGUUCUAUAUCCCAGAGAUCCAACACCGGCAACCCUUCAAACUUCAACAGCCCUGAUAGAGGAUAUGCAGCCGAUUCGGAUAGAGCGAUCCCCAGCCGAGCCGUCUUAUCAGGUAGGCCUUCCUCUCAGCUUUCUUAUGCACAACUUCAAACGGAAGGCUCGUCAUUGCUAGGCGCCAAUCCUUCAUGGAUGCCUCAGCAGGACCCAAAUCAGCCUGUUGACGCACGUCCUGCGCCAGUAGCUUUAGAGCUAGCAGGGACCAUUCGGCGAGUUUUGGGCUCCUUAAGGAGAUCAGAAUCUUCCAGUGAUUCUAAAAAAGCGCCCAAUCAGGCAGAAUCCCGCGUGCCAAAUCAGCGAAGCUCAAGUACAAGCCCAACGAAGAGCUUUCAUACUCUACCCGACGAGGAAACCCAGGAAGGUGUCCACGGGGCUGCACAACGUCCGCACCGGGCUGUCAGUACAAGCUCUUCUGUCCUUAGGUGCAAACAAGGCGCUAAAGAUUGGAACGCAAAGCGCAAAUCGGGAGACAGCUCCGUAUUUCGGCAAGGGAAAGCUUGGCAUGAAUCAGCAUCCCUUGAGGCUGGAAGUGUAGCUGGUGGCGGAAGCUUUAGAAGCAGCGAGGAUGACUAUGACUAUGAUGAUGAAGACUGGGAUGUUGAGGCAGCUGCUGAGGGGAGAGUGGUGCAGGUUACAUUUACUGUGCCCAAGGAAAGGUUGAGGGUUGUCAACGCCGGUGCUGGAGAUACCAUUGAUGAUGACGAUGAACGAGAUGAUGACAAAAAGACAAAACAAAGGAAGGUCGAUACCAAUGACGGCGAUGAUGAAAACGAUAACGUGAAAGGAUCGAUGCCAAAUCCCGAAUCUAUACAAUCCAUUGAUGUCUUUACAGAUGCCCCAGAAAAGAGCAGUGAAACACCGUCGAAAAAAUAG